AAACGAGCCACGUUUUCCCUUCGGUCUUUUCCGGAGCUCUGUUGCCCCGCGCUCGACCGCGUACCCACUCUCCUCCUGAAUCCGAAACGCACGCACCAAAGCACGCCCUUCAUCGUUUGCUCGCGCUCCUGCGGUGUUUUCCUCCCGUGUCGCAGGGCGCUGCGAUGACCUUCCCGCUGGUGUGCUACUGCAACGCGGUGCCCCGGCCCAUCGUGGCCGUGUUCAGGUUCAUCCACGCCACGGCGCUGGCCUUCGUGCUCGUGCUCUGCCUCCUCGGCCUCUACGAGUUCCCCUACACCCCCGACGACGACCCGCCGCUCAUCAACGGCCAACGCCGCCGCGCCCCCGCGCGGGACAGCCUGCCUCCCGAGACCGUGAAGCAGCUGCUCCCGUCGGUCGAGUUCCUCGCGCACCUCGCUGCAGAGGCGGCCGAUGAUCGGCGGCCCACGAAGACGAUGAGUCGCCACGGCGACCACGACGACGAUGAUCAGGCGGCGACCACGACGUGCAGGGUGUGCCUGGAGCGGCUGGAGAUGACGGACGAGGUGAGGCGGCUGGGCAACUGCGCCCACGCCUUCCACACGGGCUGCAUCGACCAGUGGAUCGACGUUGGCGAGGCCACGUGCCCGCUGUGCCGCUCCAGCCUGCUGCCCCGUCAGCGUCGGCGCAGCUGGGGUCUGCUUGCCAGGGUGCGAUUCGGCUAGCCCUCUCUCUCUCGGGCUGCCACGGUAAACAAGCGUGGUUUGCGGGCCGGGGACAGCUUUGUCAUUUCAGCUAGCAGCCGCCACUUGUCAGGUGCUGGUGACGGAUGGGUGCAGCCCAACCGCGAGCUCGCUGUGAUCAAGGCCCCCCAGCAGUCAGUACCUGUGAAUCCGUGAUGAUCAACGGGCGCACGAGAAAUUAGCGUUGAGAAAUCGGAUAGCCACACGGUUUGUUGUACCGUGUUUACGGAACAGAAAGAAAUGAUCGAUCGCAAUAAAGAUUGGGCGACUGCCCGAUUGAGAUGGGCUGCCAAUGUGUUUCCCUGCACCCGUCAAGCCCGAUAUACAGUGUUCUGGAUUUCGGUACUGAUCAAGCAUUGUUCAGCUUCAACUGCAUGGGAUUGAUGUAUACCUAACUGUCAUUAUACGAUGUAAGGUGGUAAUUUAAAAUACUCCUUCCGUUCCGUAAUUUUU